AUGAUUUCAGGAAAGUCAUUUGCUUUAGUUUUUACCCUCUUUAUCAUUUCAUUCUCCUCGAGUUCGUUUUCGAAACCUUUGGACAAAGCAUUCACCUCUUGGCUCGAACGCCUGGAAAGCGACUUACAUAACAAAAUUUUGUCAAGCGGCGCCUGUGGUGCCUGUAAACUGUUGAGUUUUGCUGCUCAAGUAGCGUUAAAGACAAACAACGUUGUGAAUGACGUGGUUCAUAUAUCAAGAGAGGUCUGCAAAGAACUAAAGAUAGAAGACAACAGAGUUUGCACCGAGGUUAUAUCUGAAUUCAAAGUUGAAGUUUUAACAGUUGUGGACGAAGUCUUUCUUAGUCCUUCUGAAAUAUGUGGAAGCCUGUUGGGACCUUCAUGUGCACAUAAAAGAGACCCUAGUGAAUUUUGGAAUGUUACUAUACCAGAUAAGAAGCCGCCUGUAAAGCCUAUACCACCCCCAAAGGUAUGUAUAUUAUAGCUAGUGCAGAUGUUGCCUUCGUCGCAGACGCUUUAAGACGGAAUCCAUAAGAAAAAAUGCAAUUUGCUUUAAAUAAUUCUGGUACAAGAUUUUUGUCUUCUGAAAAUUAAAAUUACUCAAUGUUCUGGUGGAUUCCGUCUUAAAACUUCUAAGUAGACUAGAUGUAUAGUGGUUAAGACGAGUGCGUGGGCCGGCUGCAACGCAGGCUAGUGCAAAUGUAAUUCAAUUCCUUUUUUUUGAAUAAACAGGUUCCUACAUCCAUUCAAUUCAAGGGGUAUCAGGUGUUGAAGAUGUUUUUAGUCUUGUGACUUGCAUGUUAGAAUGAUUUUACUUAGCCCGCUCUGUGAAACAAUAACAAUAUCUAAUAAUUUAGUGCCAAAAAAUUUCCAAUUAAGUGAACUUAAGAAAACUAUAAAAAUGCACUGUAGUCAAGUACUAUAUUCUAGUACAUGGGUUGAGUAAAAUGACUCUGUAUUUGUUCCUUUCAAUAUUUUUUACCACAGCAGUGAACAAUCUAAAACAUAACAGCAUUAUUCCAAAUUUUAGUUUUGUGAGAAACUGAAAGAAUAAUGCCAGCAUCACUUAAAUAAUGUGUAUCACUAUGAAUCAGCAGUAAAUUUUUGUACUGCAUUUUAUUAUUUUAAAUAUUUUAAAACCUCUUUGGUUCCUUUGCCGUAAGGUAACACCUCCAGUUUUUCUUGUAAGUUACUGUUGUUCUUCACUGGUUUAAUUUUUGAAAGAUUCUGAAUUAGUUUCCUAACAACCUUUAGUUAAGGAAUGCAAGAUAACCCCCGGGUGAGACUGUAGGCAUAUAACAGGAGGUAUGCCUACCCUUCUCAUUGCUUGGAUACCCGAUAUCGUUUGGGUCCGGUGUAGUCCACUCCGAUCACUUGAUAUGGGUUGAUCCCAUGAGUUCAGGUGGCCGGUAAAUUACUGGGUGGAGGAGCUGCAUACGCUAGUGCUUGAAAAUGCUUGCAUCCAUGGCAGACCCCUCAUACUUUCCUCACCAGUUUCUCAGCCUUGGGAUCCAUAGCCAUAGUUAACCCCAUCCCUCCAUGCAGCGUUUACUGGUGUGCUUCUUCUGUGAGUUGGGGUCUAAGCAUGCUGUUGUAAGGCAAAUAAAUUGGAUACUCCCCCUGUACGGGGCCUCAGCACUCCAGUAACCCCCACUGAUUUGGCUGUAAAUUCAGCGCCAGGCAAUCUUCCUCAAUGUCGCAACAGUCACUCCUCUGGGGCCGUCUCUGCCAAAUCACUCUCGGGCAGUCUGUUUCUUCAGUGGUCAGCAGUCCCACAAUGCGAGGAACUCCUGGGCUACAAAAGAAUUGUUUCCAAAUCUCCUCAUCCAAGCUCAGACACGUUUGGCCCUUCAUAACUGAAAUUUAUGUAGUACCUCUUCAAUCUCAUUCUUGUCUUCAACUGCGAUUGCUAGAAACUUUUUCAUGAGUUUGCCCUCAACUUGGCUUUCUUCUGUUGGUUGGUUGAGUACAUCUGCUGGCCAAUGCCCUUGGGUUGCGGACCAUCCCAUCACAAGCGAGAUCCAUCUAAACACCCUCUGUGACUUCCAAGAUUGGCAGGUUUGUCUACUGUGGGAACAAAGUGCCAGGUCACUCCUUUGUGGCUGCUAAUCUUCUUGACAUGAUUUGCAACAAACUGCUUGUACUCUCCUUGUCCCCUGAUCCUGUACAAAGCUACUGAACUGUCCAGCCAACAGUGUGUGCUGUUGUGGGAAGCCCAUCCAGUGCAUUUCUGACAUUGGCCACAAGAUUCAUGGCCAUGUGACCAGCGACCUGUUCCAUCUGCAGGAUGGGCAGUCCUUGUUUGGCCAGUCUUGAUCAGGCUGCGAUUAGGCCUUGAUUGGUUCUGGACGUUUUACAGAUGACUCCAUAAACACAGGCUGCUCCUCCAUUCGCACAUGCGUCUACAAAUGAAUGUAGCUCAAUGUGCAGUAUGUCCCCCUGGUGUACCGCCAAUGACUUCGGUACUGCAUUUAAACAACCGUUGAGCGAUGGAGCACCAUCAAAAGCUCAUGCAGAAGUGUCAUACACUACUGGUAACUUCGUCAAUUCUGCUGUGCCUUGCACAACUGGUUUGUGUGCUAUGUAAAAUUUUUGAAUGUACACCUGUGCACGGCUCCUCUGCUCUUUUGAUAAUGUCUGCUUUCCUCUGAUCUUCAAUGAUCUCCUGAUAUUGGCUUGUCAUUUUUGGUGCACUUUCUGUUUUCAAUUUGGCGUAUUCACCGGCUCCAAGUAUUAGGUGCACUGAUAGGCGACACUUUGUGUCCAGAUCAUUCAUUUAACUCCCAACAGGUGCGGAUACCUGCAAGUCAGCAACACAGUUUGGAAUUAUUGGUAGGACUAUGAUAAGCGUCACCAGAAAAUGUGUUUUACUUAAUUUGUGCUUAAUUUGUGUGAAUAUAUACUAUAAUUUGUGUGAAUAUAUACUUUUCUGUUUGUUUUCAGCCUGGUUCUCCUGUGUCAAGAGUUCUGCAGUUCUCGGACAUUCAUCUCGAUUUCUUGUAUCAGGAAGGCAGUAAUCCACGUUGUGGAGAACCGCUUUGUUGUCGAAGUAAUGAUAAACCCCCAGGUGUGUUUUUGUUUAAGUGCAAAAAACAUUUAAUUUGUUGCGUGCUAGUCACUUAGCAAUGAACCCAGCUGUUUAAACCCAAAAUUUCAUAUUACCUCAGCCAAUUUAGUUCAACUGGGUACUAGUGAAGGAAUACCCAAAGAGGAAGGUGAAUUGAAGACAUUAAUGGGAGAAACUGCCCUUUAAGAUUUAGGGAAAAAAAAACAAGAACAAAUGAGAUUGAAGAGAGAAUAGCCAUUUUAAAAAAUCUUUGAUCUCUGCCAGGAGCAAUCCUGGUAGAGCAAGAUCCAUGGGGAAUAGUUUUUGUUUGGCUAUGAAAGGGUUAAUAAUAAAUAUCAAAAGUCAUCAAUAUUAAUUUGAGAAUAGCCAUUUUAAAAAAUCUUUGAUCUCUGCCAGGAGCAAUCCUGGUAGAGCAAGAUCCAUGGGGAAUAGUUUUUGUUUGGCUAUGAAAGGGUUAAUAAUAAAUAUCAAAAGUCAUCAAUAUUAAUUUUUUAAUUAAUGAAGAAUUAUGCAGAUCAUCUGGAGGGUGUAAUCGGCUGAGGUGGAUAACUUGUCAAUAAGUGGUUGGUAUAUUCUUUGGUUCUUAUUUGAGAGAUUUAUUUUUAGAAUGAUAUUAUCAUUUUUGCUUUUUUCAGCUCCUGGAAAACCAAAGGCUGGGAAAUAUGGAGAUUAUCAAUGUGACAUUCCAACCAUCACAUUUGAGAAUAUGCUCCAACAUCUCAAUGCAACUCAAGAGGUAACUUCAACAUGUACCAUUACCUGUUAACAAGUUCUGACUGUCAAUAUAAGGAAGCUACAAAAUGUAACAUAACUGUUGUUCUCAUUCAAUUUUAGCCUUGGCUCAAAUGUUGAGUAUUUUUCUUUGUUUUUGGCCGGUGUGCUGUAGGAGGGAGUAUAUGAUUAUGGUUCUGACACAAAGGGGAAAAAAUUAAUCAAGGGUUAAAAUAUUAUUGAGCCACAACAAGAAUUCUUCAAUGAAGCUUUCCUCGUUCAUGCUGUAUGACAGUAUAUGAACUUUUUCCAUCUUUUUACAAGUUCAUUUAUCUGAAAUGACUACAAACUACAUGUAAUGUAGCAAAUCAGAGUAGUAUUUUACCAUCAGAAUGUUUUGCUUUCAGCAAAUUUAAAUUUAUUACAAGGGAUCUAUGUUAAGAGACAAACACAAUGUAUCCAUGGCAACUAGUGAGCAGAAACCAUCACUCUGACCAAUUAAAUCAGUAGAAUUAACACACAGUACAGUCAAACCUCGAUUAUCCGGACUUUUCUAUUAUCCGGACUUGUUUCCCUGGUCCCAAUUUUUUUCAUGAAUAUUAAUAAGAUGUGGUCUUGAAAAACUGAAACGAUUAAAAGUUCAGUAAUCCUUCCAAAUGUGUGGUUAAAACACUGUUUUAAUCUGUUUCGCUUUGAAAAAGCGCGAGCAGCACAAGAUGAACAUUAUUAUUCUGAUGCAUUCAACUGAAUUCUGAUUGGCUCAAGGUUGCUAAGGGAAGUCAUGCUUGAUUCCGCACUGGUUAUGUAAACACAAGACCAAUCGAUUAAAACUACAGUCUGUUCUCUCUAUAAAGGAUAAACAAACAAUUAUUUCACUUACAGUCUGUACAUAAAUUCAAGUAGGAACUAAUUCACAAAAAAAUUUUGUUUUCUUUAUUCCCAAUGGUUACAUUAUUGUCUCAUUAAUAUUCAUAUUUUCAAUUAUCUGGACUCUUGAUUAUCUGGACUAUUUACUCAUGUCCCAAUGAGUCUGGAUAAUCGAGAUUCAACUGCAUACACUAAACUGAAAGGUAGGGAAGGACAGAGAUCAAACUGAUCAGAAAAGAUGGCUUAGAUGGCUGAAUUGGAAUGCACAAUGAAUCUCAGCAACAUGAUCCCUCAUUUCAAGCCCUUCCACUUACCUUAGUUUGUUUCCUAUAUUAUUUUAUUUUGCAGAAGUUUGAUUAUGCCAUAUGGACUGGAGAUGUUCCUCCACACAAUAUUUGGAAUCAGUCACGGGCAGAUCAGGUGAAGUGUUUGGAUAUUUGCUUAAUUGUCAACAACUUAUGUUUCCACACUCAUUCAGUUUCAUUCCUUUCCACGACGAGAAAAAAAAUUAAUAGACCCUUUUCCUGAUAUAGUGGCCAUAUUGAAUUAAUUGGAUUUAAGGAGUACUAUGAGAUGCCCAGCAGGGCAUGAUCACGAUCCGAUAUACUUGUAUCAGUAUUUACGCGCGCUUUUCGGGCCAGUUUUUCUUUACAUUUUCCUAAAAAAAGAUUGUAGUGGGAAAAAAAGAUCGUUGUGCCGUGUUUGGAUGUAAAAAUGAUUGCCUUUUUCCCGAGAAAUAUACAUUGAAGUUCUCUUUUUUGCCUGAAAAGCGAGCAUUAAUAAUGAGCGAGUGCCCCCUGAACGUCCCAUAGUACUCCUUAAAUCUAAGAGAUUCAAUAUGGCUGCCGUAUUGGUAAAAAGGUCUAUUGAUUGAUCAUGAACCAAUUGAUCAUGGACUGUAAUAUACAGGUGCAGAAAUGAAAGUGUUUAUCUGUUACAGCUCUGUUGCUGUCCAUACAUUUAAUACAUUGAAACCUAUAUGAAAUGAAAGUACUGUUAUAUUGAGCAGUUAAUUUAUCACCCCCUAUAAGCCAUCACUGGCCAAAAAAUUCCAGAAAUUCUUGAUUUCCCUUUUAUGAUAACUACAAACCUGACUAGUCUGUGGGACAUUUUCCUCCCAUACUAGUUAUUUCUAUUGCCAGUUUUAGUAUGUCAUUUCUUUUCUCUUUGGUGGAAAGAGUAAAAGAACCCAUCUGAGUCAUUUUUGCAUGUUUUCUAUCUGCAGAUAGCAGCUUUGGACUAUGCCAACAAACUGAUUGUAAAAUACCUUCCAGGAUUGAAAGUGUUUCCUGCAGUUGGAAAUCAUGAGGGUGCUCCAGUUAACAGGUUGAUCAAAUUUAUUCAUUGGCAAUAUUUUUAAUAAUUUAUUGUUAAUAAUAUAAAACUAUAUUAAGGUGACAAAACUUUGCAAACUUAGUUCAACUGACAGUGGUUUUAGUUAUUCAACCAGUGUGCUGGUUUUGUUUUGGAAUAUAUUUGGAGAAACAUUGCAACCACUGUUUCCUGAACAAAUGGACNCAUUUCAAGCCCUUCCACUUACCUUAGUUUGUUUCCUAUAUUAUGUUAUCUUACAGAAGUUUGAUUACGCCAUAUGGACUGGAGAUGUUCCUCCACACAAUAUUUGGAAUCAGUCACGGGCAGAUCAGGUGAAGUGUUUGAAUGGUUGCUUAAUUGUCAACAACUUACGUUUCCACACCCAUUCAGUUUCAUUCCUUUCCACGAUGAGAAAAAAAUUAAUAGACCUUUUUACUGAUAUGGUGGCCAUGUUGAAUUAAUUGGAUUUUAGGAGUACUAUGGGAUGCCCAGGGGGGCAUGAGCACGAUCCGAUAUACUUGCAUCAGUAUUUACGCGUGCUUUUCGGGCCAGUUUUUCUUUAAGUUUUCCUAAAAAAAGAUUGUAAUAGGAAAAAAAGAUCAUUGUGCCCUGUUUGGAUGUAAAAAUGAUCGCCUUUUUCGCGAGAAAUAUACAGUAUGUCAUUUCUUUUCUCUUUGGUGGAAAGAGUAAAAGAACCCAUCUGAGGCAUUUUUGCAUGUUUUCUAUCUGCAGAUAGCAGCUUUGGACUAUGCCAACAAACUGAUUGUAAAAUACCUUCCAGGAUUGAAAGUGUUUCCUGCAGUUGGAAAUCAUGAGGGUGCUCCAGUUAACAGGUUGAUCAAAUUUAUUCAUUGGCAAUAUUUUUAAUAAUUUAUUGUUAAUAAUAUAAAACUAUAUAUUAAGGUGACAAAACUUUGCAAACUUAGUUCAACUGAUAGUGGUUUUAGUUAUUCAACCAGUGUGCUGGUUUUGUUUUGGAAUUUAUUUGGAGAAACAUUGCAACCACUGUUUCCUGAACAAAUGGACCAAGCUGUGUAUGAGGGUAUCAAACUUAGUGAGCAUUGUCUGAAGGCAUCUGCAGGUUCAGAUGCAGUGAUCUCAAUACCGAUCAAAACUUUAGAACAUUAAAAUAAUGUUAAUUUUGAUAGAUAAUAAUAUUAUUGUGAACUUAUUGCCAUUCAGUUUGCAUUGGCUAUACAUCAACAUACUGUUAUACAUGACAGGCUCCAGUUAAAAUGUAUACCCAUCUAAGAAACACAUGAUGAGUAAGUUAAUUAAUGAGUGAUGUUUAUUUCAUAUUAUUGUGUUUUACACACAGCUUUCCGCCGCCAUUCGUCACAGGCCCCGAUUCAAAUCAGUGGUUACGCAACUCUUUAGCAGACCACUGGAAGAUCUGGUUACCAGAUUAUGCCUUGCCUACAAUUUACAAGUGAGUGUGCAUCGCAUAAGAAUUAUUAUUGGUUAUUUCUUAAUAAUUAUUAAGUUGUUAGGAGAUCUAUUAAACACAUAAAAUAUUAUUAUUAGUAUUAUUUUUUAGCAUCCUUCAAUGCAAGCAAUAAUUGUUAUUAAUACAGUCAUAUGAAGCAGAAUAGGUUAAAAAGAAUAAUCAAUAAUUUUAUUAUUAUUCUUUGUGUUAACCACAAGUAGGUCAGCAACCCCUGGUUAAAUUUUUGUAUGUUGUUUGUUGAUUUCAGAGGAAGUUACUAUACAGUGUUGUUGUCCAAAGGAUUUAGACUAGUGUCCCUCAACAUGAAUUACUGUAACAACAUGAACUGGUGAGAAAAUAUAUAUAUACAGUAUUAAAAAUUUUUGGUCCUUAACUUAAGGGUUAAUUUUCUUAAGCAAUAAAUGUUCCUAAGUAACAGUUGAAAACAUCCUGAUCCUUUUAAGAAUGAUUACAUUUUUGUUGGUGCAGGUUAGCAUUGAUUAUACCAGUAUUACCAUUAGUACCAUUAUAAUAUUUAUCGUAUCACACGUUCUGAAAUGAUAGCAUACAGAGACAACUAAGUAAUUAAGUAAGGUCAAUUUUAUUUGAGCUAAACUGCUACCGAGUAAGCUAAGUUGGAAGAGCUCCGGUCGCGUGAGUUGAGAGUUGUGGGUUUAUUAGGUAUCUCUGCGAUCAGGCAAUAACCAGGGUUAUUUAUAAAGAAAAGUGGUUGUUAUUGGCUUUGAUUCAAGACCUUGUAUUAGUUCCAAUGAUGAUUGGUGUUGUCUCCCUCAUUCAUCCAUAUCAAUUCAAAAGGGAGCUCAACAUACACUCUGUACUUCUUGUUUGUACUGCUGUGCAAUAACCCUUUAAGUCCCAAUAGUGACUAACAUCAAUUUUCUCCUAACGAAAUCCAUACAUUGUCAAGAGAUAAGUUAUGAGAAUUAAUACGAUGAUCACCAAUGGAGAAUUUGUAUGUGGAUACUGGGGCUUAAAGGGAUAAGAGUAGGGGUGUUCUGACAUUCUUGAGGGGAAGGCCAUGGGCAGGGACUGUUCCAGGUUGGGGGUAAAUAACAACAACAACAACAACAACAACAAAUAUUUACUUAUUAAGAGAUUGGCGUAUAAUAAAGAGCAAAAACUAGUGUCCACUCCACUUCAGUGCAAAUUGCUGUUCAUGGUAAUAACUAUUGCUCUAGUGUAGCAAUUAGCUAGAUGCGUGUAAAAGAAUGACAUUCCUGCUUAGCUCUAGCUAGCUGAAUUUGUGGUAAAUUAUUUCUUAAUGUUUAUGUUAGUGCUGAUGUUUCAUGUUAGGUGGCUUUUAAUAAACAAUACUGAUCCAGCUCAACAGCUCCAGUGGCUGACAGAUACCUUACAGGAAGCAGAAGACAAUGGGGAAAAGGUUUGUUUACUUCUUAUUUCAGCAUUAUUUUCAAUUUUUCUUACUGUAGCCCAUAAUUGGCAUUUGAAAAACUACUUGACCAAUAUUCUGACUGCUAGGCCAGCAUGUAGGAGCAACAUGGCUUUCAUCUGCAACAUCACAUUCAUCCCUUACAACUGUGGGGAUUAUUGGAGCUCUGCACAAGCAAAACAGAGCUAAGAGCUUGGGAGAAGAUUUUACAAGCAAAUUAAGUACCAGUACACCUGUAAAUUAACAUCUACCAUGUGAGAUUAUCUAAUCAAUUCCAACUAUACAAUCUGCUGGUAAAGGUAAGGCGCCUAAGUCCCAAGUGGCCAAAGCUUAAUUAUCCCAGUUUCCUUAGCAUGAAGCAUGCCUAGGAUUAUUGCUACUCCCCCCUGGAUGGGGCAGUAUGUCAUUGGUACACAUUUAUGAGGAAGAGAGGUUGAAGAGUCUAGACAAAGUGGAGUAAAGUUCCUCCUCGAAGGAAACAGUGCAAAUGCAAUCUGCUGGGAGGGCGUCAAAAUUGUUUACCAGGAACUCAGACAUGGAUGUUAAAAGAAAAGUCAAGGAUUAAUUCAUCCUUGACAAACACCAGCAUCCAGGUUAAAGCUAAUAUGGGAGCUGCAAAAUAAACUACAUGGAAAAUUGGAAUCCACUGUCUGUAAUGCUCUAUGUAAUCCAUAAUAAUUAUGUGAACUUAUGCUGCCAAUUCUUGUAUUGUGAACAGGUUCAUAUUAUUGGCCACAUUUUGCCUGGAAGCCCAGAUUGUCUCAAGCCAUGGAGCUGGAAUUAUUACAAGAUAGUGAACCGUUACCAGAGCACUGUAACAGCACAGUUCUUUGCCCACACCCAUGCUGAUGAGUUUGAGAUCUUUUAUGAUGAAAAGACUAGGAAAAUUCCCACAAAGUAAGAACAAAAGCACGUUUACAAUAAGCUUUGCUCCUUCACCUGUUCUACUGUACUUAUACUCGUGAUCAAACUUGAAAACGGUCAUAAUGUGAUGUCUGAUGCAAUGUGGGAAUUGACUUGCUGAAUGUUGUUAUUGCAGCUAUACCUGACUCAGUUUAAUUUGCCCUUACCAAUACUGUGUCUGGUAGAUUUGUUAUUUUACCAUGAAAUUAAAAUCAAACUGACAUCCACUGUCUUCCAUCAAGGGAAAACCUAGUAUAUAUUUCAAUGAAUCAUACUUCCUAGCCUCUCAUUAAUAUGGAGCUUAUUUACGUUACCUGUAAGUACUCGGUCAAAAAGGAAGUAAAGACACGUAUAUUUUUGCUGCUGUACAUUUCUCAUUAAUCUUUUUGUGCUGUUCAUUUUUUUCUGUUACAUUUCUCAUGUUUUCACCGUGCAGAAGUACUUUUACCCGCCAUACUACGUCAUCAAUAAAAAAUGUGCUAAAGAUUUCCCACGCAAAAUUGUGAUUUAGUAGUUAGAACGUAGUCCAGAUUUGUGUAUCUACAUGUAUAUGUCCUCACAAAGCUGUACAGUGUAGUUUCAAUAUUAUUGUUUCUUUUUAUGUUUUUCUACAGUUCAAUCUGAUUUUUUUUUUACUUUUGAUUCAACAGUAUGUCCAAACAGUCUAUUAUCAAUAUUUUUUAGUGAAAAUGCCUAAAGUCAUGUUACCUUGCCCCAUCACCUAAUGUGUUACCCAGAAUCAUUUCCCUUUUAUUCAAUUGUGCAUAAACUUGAUUGAGAACUAGUGGUCGUGGUAAUAGGUAACAUUUUUAAACUGUCAAUAUGUUUCUGUGUUAAUAUAAAUUAUGCUGAUGAUUGAAUGACUGGUAUAGUCACAGCAAGUUAAGUAACAUAGUUAUUUUGUUUUUGUUUCCAGCAUAGCUUUUAUUGGACCAAGUGUUACAACGUACCAAACCCACAAUCCUGGAUACAGAAUAUAUGAAGUGGAUGGAGAUUAUGCCAACAGCUCUAGGGUACCUGUACACAGUAGAUUGUUCUGUGAAAUUAAUGGCAUGUGCAUUGUAAAGUAAUGAGGCCUAAGACUAAGACUCAGACUAAGUGAUUGUAACUGUAACUCUAAAACACAGUUUCUUUGUCUGUUGUCAAUAAACUCUCGUUGUGUGCUAUAGGUUGUCCUAAAUCAUAAAACAUACAUCCUGGACCUAGUGGAGGCAAAUAAGGGAAAUGUACAGUGGAAACUGGAGUAUAAUGCCAAGGUAAUAUUGAUGCUAUAAUUUAUUGUUUCCUUGAACAUCCACCUUGAAUGAGGUUAGUUAAGUGAGGGGAUGNGUGCAUGAACUUGAUUGAGAACUAGUGGUCGUGGUAAUAGGUAACAUUUUUAAACUGUCAAUAUGUUUCUGUGUUAAUACAAAUUAUGCUGAUGAUUGAAUGACUGGUAUAGUCACAGCAAGUUAAGUAACAUAGUUAUUUUGUUUUUGUUUCCAGCAUAGCUUUUAUUGGACCAAGUGUUACAACGUACCAAACCCACAAUCCUGGAUACAGAAUAUAUGAAGUGGAUGGAGAUUAUGCCAACAGCUCUAGGGUACCUGUACACAGUAGAUUGUUCUGUGAAAUUAAUGGCAUGUGCAUUGUAAAGUAAUGAGGCCUAAGACUAAGACUCAGACUAAGUGAUUGUAACUGUAACUCUAAAACACAGUUUCUUUGUCUGUUGUCAAUAAACUCUCGUUGUGUGCUAUAGGUUGUCCUAAAUCAUAAAACAUACAUCCUGGACCUAGUGGAGGCAAAUAAGGGAAAUGUACAGUGGAAACUGGAGUAUAAUGCCAAGGUAAUAUUGAUGCUAUAAUUUAUUGUUUCCUUGAACAUCCACCUUGAAUGAGGUUAGUUAAGUGAGGGGAUGGGAAGGGAAGUGCUUAUUAUUGCUAGUUUUGACAAAGGGGAGGCUGCUUAUUACACAGAGUUAGAGGGGUGGGGAGCUUAUUUUGGGCAAUAAGGGCAGUGGUCCUUGUAUUUUGCAUACACAGGCUAAUAAUUAGUCCUGGGUCAACUUAUUAGGUUUUUGGAUAUACAGCCAGUAAUAUUUGAGUUUACUUCCUAGAGCAAAAGAAACAUGUCUAACACAUGAGAAAAAGGUCAGCUUGAUAUAUGCAUGUACAUGAUUACUCCUUUAGCCUUACUAGUUUACUUUUCAACUCCCACUUUAAACAUUUUUGUGACUCAUUCGUAUUGACUCGAGUUCUUACUUGUGCAUUUAGGAAGCUUAUGAUAUGCCCUCACUUUUACCUGAAGACUGGAACAACCUCGUUCAUCGCUUUGCAGCUAAUAAGACUCUCUUUGACACAUUCUACAAGUAAGUGACAGUCAUUGAAGUGAUGUAAUAUUAUUUACCAGGCAUGAUGUAGAACUUUGUUGGGAAUCCAGCUUUCAAAUUCACCCUUGUAUUUAUUAGUAUGCAAUCAGUGUAACAUGGCUUGUGCACUAUAAGUCCACAUAAAAAAUGGGAUGCUUGUUGUCCAUAUUGUCUCAUGCAGGGGUGUAAAUUACAAAUUUUGGAAGUUGAAAUGGGAAAGAUGCCCUACUCAUUGAAUAGAGUGUUUUCACAUGACGUCACGGUGGCCAUAUUGGUGUCCCAAAACAAUGAAACGGUGGCCAUGUUGGUGUCCCAAACCAAUCCUCUGGGAGUUGUACUCUUUUCUUAUGCCUACGCUUUCUUUUGUUCCAAUAAAUUUGCAUAGCUGCUGACCACGUGAGUGAAAACACUCUAUAAUUUUCAAAAUUUUCCUUUUCCCUUGGGGGCCUCAUGAAGCUCCUCCCUUAUUCAAAGCAUUACAAAAUAACUGAGCAGUGAUGUUAAAGGGGCAAAAUUGCACCCCUGUCAGUCUUAAAUCACACUUUUUCUGUCUGGAGAGAAUAGACUGUAAUAUUGUCGUGCCACACCCAAUAAUAGCUAAUAAUUUGUGUUACAGGUUUUUUUGGAAAUCUGCACCCGGCCAUUCCUGUGAUGAUAGCUGUCGUUCUAGUAUGCUAUGCAGGUUGAUGACAGGCCGUUCCCACGACACCAGUGCCUGCACUCUUCUACAAGAAACAUUUUCAAAAGAAACUAUGCGUCAAUUUCAAGAGUCAGUGGAUAUGUGCUAGAAUCACAUCAAUGAAGAAUUAAUCCAUUAACUUUUGCAAAAAUAUAGUACAGCAGUCUUCUUGAUUGUUGAUAAAAAUGAUUGUACAGAUAGAAUCAAUUAUUUAUGUGAUCUAUACGUGCGCAAAAUACCAUACGAUACGUCAGAUCUUUGAAAGAGUGCUUCAGCUGCAAAUGGUGGCCUUAAAGUAGCUUAUAUUUAUAACAUAAAUAAUAUAUUUUGCUCUUAAUACUAACAUAAAUUAAAACAUUCAUGUCAAAAACCCUAAGCAAAAAGGCAGGGUCAGUUUCGCUUAUUUUUGGUUACCUAAAUUGGCACUUCAUCCACUUUCAACAGAACUAGCAAAUUUAGAAUUAGCCAACUUCCAUAAUUUGUACCUGUGACUGUUUGACUGUUUUGCAAGCAUUCACUUAUUUUUCCUUUUUUAAAACUUGAAAAUUGGUGACAUUUAAAGUAUUUGUAGAAAGUGAAAACUUUUGCCAAGUAUAGUACAGCUUCGCAGUUUUGUGAUUUAUAUUUCAAAAUAAAAUUAAUUUUUAUCACAGAUACCUCUUAUUGAGUGCCUCUUGGAAUACUUGAAGCCAGUUUUGGUUGGCAGUGAAUUGUAGCUAUUUGUAUAGAGCAAACAUUAAUGCUAUGGCCCUAAAUGCCUAUAGCUUUACGUCAGACAAGCAGAUUUCACCCCCAAGCAUCAUUGGAGAAGAGACUUCUUUGCAUUUACACUCUUUGUGCAUGGCUAUUCUUUUCAAAUAAACUAUCUUGGGAAUUCAUUUUGG